AUGCCAAAUCAAUCCAACAACAACAAUGGAGCCAGCACUUCGAACCAGGAUGGUUUGAAACAACCAAAACCAGAAGUAGUGGAUGACGGAUAUGAACAAAAUCGUCAAGUGAGUUGCAAGAUACCAACUGAAUAGCUGCCCAAAAAAUCGAUAUUUGGCCGAAUUAUUGAAAUGGCCUAGAAAUGUUGGGAAAACUCGGCCAAGACAACAAACACGCUCUAUUGUUUUGAGGAUGAUUUUGAGGAUGUGAAGAGUCUUUGUUGCCUUGGCCGAGAUAACGAUAUUUCUAGGCCAUGUCUAGAUUUUUGAAAAAAAUAAAAUUAAAUUUUCUAGACUUUUUAUUCAUGUGUAGUCAAAUUAUGAUAAUUUCUCCAUUUUUUCAAACACAGUAUUGAACAAAUUUGAAUUUCAGGUUAAUGGACAACCUGGACCAAGUUCUUCUGGCACCAAUGGUUCAAAUACUGCUCAAAAAGAAGAAUCUGAAUCUCAACAAAAAGUCGUGAGUUUUAUAUAUUUCAUUUGAAGAAUUUUACAACAAAAUGACGUUUUUGAGCCUAGAUUUUUGGUCAUAAGAUUCAUCCAUAAUAUAAAAUUUCUGGUUUUUCAGAAUUCGACACCUCGUCUUGCCGCAACUCAAUAUUCAGCUCAUCCAAAUGGUGAAGUGAAAAAAAGAGAUUAA